AAGUGAAGUGUGUAGCUUCACAGCGUAUAAUACUCUACACUACAAUCUUUGAAACAUGGCUAACUAUGCUAUUGCCAAUGUUCUAAUCUUUCUCUUGAACUUGAGUACCAUACUCAAUGUUCUUGCUAGUCCUGUUUGUCCUUAUCCAAGUCCUAAGCCGCCAAAACACCACCCUCCUAUUGUUAAGCCACCAGUUCAAAAACCACCAUCGCAUUCUCCUAUAACACCAAUUCACAUACCACCAAAGUAUCCUCCUAAGCCACCACCUCCAUCAUCAUCACCAAAACCACCACAUGUUCCAAAACCUCCUCAUUAUCACAAACCUCCAAUAGUUCAUCCACCUCAUGUGCCAAAACCACCAAUUGUUAAACCACCAAAAGUUCAUCCACCACAUGUUCCAAAACCUCCUCAUUAUCCCAAACCUCCGAUAGUACAUCCACCUCAUGUGCCAAAACCUCCAAUUGUUAAACCACAUCCAAAGCCACCUAUUGUGAAACCACCAAAACCACCUGUGAUUACUCCUCCAACACCAAUACCACCAGUGGUUACUCCACCGACACCAAAACCACCAGUAACUACUCCACCAACACCUACACCACCGGUGAUUAGUCCACCAAUACCAAAACCGCCUAGUGAAGCACCAUGUCCACCACCAAAACAACCAACACCACCAACACCACCUGUGAUUACUCCACCGACACCAACACCACCCACGCCAACACCACCCGUGAUUACACCACCGACACCAACACCGCCGGUGAUCACCCCUCCGACACCAACACCACCGGUGAUUACUCCACCAACACCAACACCACCAGUAAUUACACCACCGCCUAGUGAAACACCAACACCACCGACACCAACACCACCAGUGAUCACUCCCCCUACACCAACACCACCGGUGAUCACUCCACCAACACCAACACCACCAGUAAUUACACCACCGACACCAACACCACCGGUGAUCACUCCACCAACACCAACACCACCGGUUAUCACUCCACCAACACCACCAGUAAUUACACCACCGCCUAGUGAAACACCAACACCACCAGUGAUUACUCCACCUACACCAACACCACCAGUGAUUACACCACCGACACCAACACCAACACCACCACCUAGUGAAACACCAACACCACCUACACCAACACCACCGGUGAUCACUCCCCCAACACCACCAGUGAUUACACCACCUACACCAACACCACCAGUAAUUACACCACCACCUAGUGCAACACCGACACCACCAGUGACUACACCACCAACACCACCAGUGAUCACUCCACCAACACCAACUCCACCAGUGAUUACUCCGCCAACACCAACACCACCAGUAAUUACACCACCGACACCAACACCACCGGUUAUCACUCCACCAACACCACCAGCAAUUACACCACCGCCUAGUGAAACACCAACACCACCAGUGAUUACUCCACCUACACCAACACCACCAGUGAUUACACCACCGACACCAACACCAACACCACCUACACCAACACCACCGGUGAUCACUCCACCAACACCACCAGUGAUUACACCACCUACACCAACACCACCAGUAAUUACACCACCACCUAGUGCAACACCGACACCACCAGUGACUACACCACCAACACCACCAGUGAUCACUCCACCAACACCAACUCCACCAGUGAUUACUCCGCCAACACCAACACCACCGAUAAUUAUACCACCACCUAGUGAAACACCGACACCACCCACACCAACACCACCGGUGAUCACUCCACCAACACCACCAGUGAUUACACCACCGACACCAACACCACCUGUGAUCACUCCACCAACACCGACACCACCAACACCCCCAAUAAUUUCUCCACCAACACCAACACCACCAGUUAUCACUCCACCAACACCACCGUUGAUUACUCCACCAACACCGACACCACCCGUGAUUGCUCCACCAACACCGCCUAGUGAAACUCCUCCACCACAAGCAACACCGCCUAGUGUAACACCUCCACCACAAGCACAACCAACAUGCCCCAUUGAUAUUUUGAAAUUGGGAGCAUGUGUUGAUGUGCUUAGUGGAAUUAUACAUAUUGGAAUUGGUGGUAGUGCUAAACAGACAUGUUGUCCAUUGCUUCAAGGAAUUGCGGAUUUGGAUGCUGCCAUAUGUCUCUGCAGUUCUAUUAAACUCAAGCUUCUUAAUAUCAACAUUGUUCUCCCAAUUGCUCUCCAGCUUCUAGUUGAUUGUGGCAAAACUCCACCAGAAGGAUUUAAGUGUCCGACAUAGUGCCCUUCUGCAUGCAUGCUCUACUAUAUUUAUAUUUCUUAUGAGGAAUUGCAUGAAUGUUAUUAGGUUGUCUGGAAUAAGGUUAACGUACACACAAGUUGAAAGAGAUGCAGUGAAGAAAUUGUCAUUGUUUCUUGUUUAACAAGUUGUUACAAAUAAAGGCCAAGAACAUGUAGAAGUAUUGUGAUAGAAUUUAUGUAACUAAGUGAGUGCAGACAUGCACUUCACGAUCGAAGUAGUUGUCGUAAUUCAUUCAUUAUGAGAUCUUUUAAUUUUAUUGCCA